AUGGCGAAAAAAGAAUACGCAAUAGGAAUUGAUCUAGGAACAACCAACUCAUGCAUGGCUGUUAUGCAGAACGGAAAGCCUGAAAUAAUCAUCAACAAGUCUGGAGGAAGAACCACCCCCUCCAUCGUUGCCUUCGCAGAGAACGAGCUUCUGUUCGGAGAAACUGCAGGAAACAACGCAAGAAACGACCCCGCAAACACCGUGUACGACGCAAAGAGACUCAUCGGUCUCAGCUUUGACGACGAAAACGUGCAGAAGGACAUCAAGCACUGGCCCUUCACCGUUGUCCGAGGCCCAGGCGACAAGCCAAUGAUAGAAGUCACAAAGGGCGGAGAGCAGGUUAAAUACUACCCAGAGCAGAUUAGUUCCAUGCUCCUCAAGUACAUGAAAGACUGUGCAGAGGAGUACCUUGGAGCCCCUGUCAGCAAGGCCGUAGUUACCGUCCCCGCAUACUUCAAGAACAACCAGAGAGAGCUCACAAAGGAGGCAGGAACAAUGGCUGGCCUAGAAGUGCUCAGAAUCAUCAACGAGCCAACUGCAGCAGCAGUGGCAUACGGAAUGGACCAGGCCACAGGAGACCGCGAGAAGAAAGUUCUUGUCUUCGACUUUGGAGGUGGUACUUUCGAUGUGUCCAUCCUCACCGUGGAGAAAGGCUUCUUUGAGGUCAAGGCCACCGGUGGAGACACUCACCUCGGAGGAUCAGACUUAGACCACACUGUAGCAGAACACUACGCAAGAGCAUUUGCCAAGGAAAAGAAGAUCGAGUACUCUGCUCUUCAGGGCAGACCAAUGAGCAGGCUGAAGGCCCAGGUUGAGAACGUAAAGAGAUCUCUUUCAUCCACCUCCUCCACCCAGAUGAUCAUUGACUCCUUCUACAAGGGAGAAGACCUCUGCUUCACCAUCACCAGAGCAAUGUUCGAGAUGAUCUGCAAGCAGUACUUUGACAAGCUGAUGCCCUGCGUGGAGAGAACCCUCGCAGACUCCAAGUUCCAGAAGAGCGAAAUCGACGAGAUCAUCCUUGUCGGUGGAUCCACAAGAAUCCCAAAGGUGCAGAAGAUGCUCUCCGACUACUUCGGAGGAAAGGCCCUGAACAAGAGCGUGCACCCAGACGAGGCAGUGGCCCAGGGAGCAGCCAUCCAGGCCGCAGUCCUUAACGGAGACGCAGUUGAAGGAAACAACGAGCUCCUUCUCCUCGAUGUCAUCCCUCUCUCUGUGGGCAUUGAGACAGCUGGAGGAGUAUUCACCCCCAUUGUUCCAAAGAACACAACAAUCCCCACGACAAAGACGCAGACAUUCAGCACCUACGCAGACAACCAGACCGCUGUAUCCAUCGUGAUAUACGAGGGAGAGAGAGCCAUGGUCGCAGACAACCACAAACUCGGAGAGUUCCACCUCGCAGGCAUCCCGCCCGCGCCCAGAGGAAAGCCAGAGAUAGUGGUGAAGUGCAGCAUAGACUCCAACGGUAUUCUCUCUGUCUCCGCCACAGAGUCAUCCUCGGGAAGCGAGCAGGAGAUAACCAUCACCAAGGACAAGACUGUGAGCAACCAGGACGAGAUCAAGAGAAUGCAGGAGGAGGCGAUCAAGUACCAGGAGCAGGACGAGAAGAACAAAGUCAUCAUCACAGCAUACACCGACAUUGACACGUACCUCUACAGCCUGAGGGAGAUGUUCAAGAAGCUCGAUGCAAGCGUGCAGAGUGAAGCACUCGCUAAGGUCUCCGAGGGAGAAGCAUGGCUCAAGGCCGUGCCCUCUCCUCUCAACAGAACCGCAGAGGAGUACACCGAGAAGAAGAAGGCUCUUGAGGCAACAUUUGCCCCAUACCUCUCCAAGCUCUCUGGCGCAGGCCCAUCAUCCGGCCCGUCUGCUGCCGAGCCAACAGUUGAGGAAGUUAACUGA